AGCAGCCCAGGCGUUCGGAUCGGCGUGGAGUAUCCAAUUAAUCGCUAUCGCAAUCGCAGCCAUGAAGAUUACACAACUCUUAUAUAUCUCGAGUGUGGUUAUCGCAUCGAUCGAGGCAGUGGAAUACUUAAUUCGCUUCGAGACGAAGAAGUCCAAGUGCUUGAAUCCCCCCAGAACCGCCAGGAAAGUGGAGUCUGUCAUCGGGGAAUGCCAGGAUGAGGUCCGCAAUAAGUUGGUUAAUGAGGCCUAUGAGAUACUCAAGGAACAGGUGUCGCACAAGCAACCGCCCAUCGAUCCCAACGAUGACUCCAUCGACUUCAUUUGGCCAUCUGUUCCCGGGGGUUCUUCCAUAGAUCAUGCCCCCAAUAUCAGCCACUACGAAUACUAUGUCUACGAUGAGCCCGAACCACAUCGCCAUGUGGCCAGACUCAUGAGGAACAUCCGACGCCUAGACUUGACCAGUUCGGGCAUAUACCAUCCCACAUUGGUGCCUUUGGAGGACAAGCGCAUCGCGGGGUGCCUGUUGCACUGCGUUUACGCCAGGAAUAGUGCCAUUGACAAGAAGGGCUGGCCCACGCUGGACGGACUGGUCCACUUCUACUCCGAGGGAGUCCACGAGCACGGCUUCUUCAUGGCCACCCUGCGGUCCGUGAACCUUUGCCUCCGGACAAUGACCGCCCGGUACAAAGUCAAUCGAAAGGAGCUGCCCCAGAAAGGUGAAAGCUGCGAUCUCGCUUUUGAUGUCUUCGACUGUAUAUCCGACCAAAUUACCGGCUACUGUCUGGAUCAAUACAGCAGAUAUUAGUUAGCUACUCUGUCUAGUGUGCGUAGCAAUUAAAUGUUUAGUGCAAGUUGAAUUCCAGUUUGACUGUGUCAUGCGGUGAAUAUUGCGAUGAAAUUGCAGUUUCUACAACCUUGUAGUUGCUUAGAUAAAAUGUUUACUAGUAUACUAAAAUAUUUAGUUAUCCAGACUAUCUCCGAUAAGAGAGGACCUGCUUUCAACAAUCAACCUUAUUUAUUUUUUUAAAAGAUUUUUUUUAGAAGAUUAAAUCUGGAUAAAAAAAAGGAUUUAUUUAUGAAAACUAUUACUUAAUUAAUUUCUCUAAUAUAUUUAGUUGACAUUUGUUUGUGAGUUUUCUUCAUAAAAUAAGGGGCUCAUAUCUACAUUUGUUUUACACAAGACCCCUGGCAGAGCUUAGAACAGUGGCGCCAUCUCUUGUCACAAACAUAAAGGUGCACGUACAAUUAGUGAGCCCGUUCACUAAUACCAUAAAUACAUUUUAUACUUACCAAGCGUCA